AACCUCCGCCAAAUCCCCACGAAACCGUCCUCCACCAUCACAAUGGCGACCACCUCGCGUCUCCUGCUCCUCCUCGCUGCCGUCUGCCUCCUCGCCGGCGCGGCGGACGCGCUCCGGCUGCCCCCGGACGCCAGCUUCCCGGGCGCGCAGGCGGAGCGCCUCAUCCGCGCGCUCAACCUGCUCCCCGGGGCGUCCUCCGGCCGCGGCGGCAAGGUCGGUGCGGGGGCAGAGGACGUCGCGCCCGGGCAGCUGCUGGAGCGCCGGGUCACGCUGCCCGGGCUCCCCGAGGGCGUCAGCGACCUCGGCCACCACGCCGGUUACUACCGCCUCCCCAACACCCACGACGCCAGGAUGUUCUACUUCUUCUUCGAGUCGCGGGGCAAGAAGGAGGACCCCGUGGUGAUCUGGCUCACCGGCGGCCCCGGCUGCAGCAGCGAGCUCGCCGUCUUCUACGAGAACGGGCCCUUCGCCAUCGCCAACAACAUGUCCCUCGUCUGGAACAAGUUCGGAUGGGACAAGAUCUCGAACAUCAUAUUCGUUGAUCAGCCCACCGGGACUGGGUUCAGCUACAGCUCCGACGACCGCGAUACCCGUCACGACGAGGCAGGGGUCAGCAACGACCUGUAUGACUUUCUCCAGGUCUUCUUCAAGAAGCACCCGGAGUUUGUAAAGAACGACUUCUUUAUAACUGGAGAGUCCUAUGCUGGGCACUACAUUCCAGCAUUUGCAAGCCGAGUUCACCAGGGAAACAAGAAAAAUGAGGGCACUCACAUAAACUUGAAGGGAUUUGCGAUCGGUAAUGGUCUCACAGAUCCAGCAAUCCAAUACAAAGCCUACACAGACUAUGCAUUGGACAUGAACCUUAUUCAGAAAGCUGACUAUGACAGGAUCAACAAAUUCAUCCCACCAUGUGAAUUUGCAAUCAAACUUUGUGGUACAGAUGGGAAAGCAUCUUGCAUGGCAGCAUAUAUGGUCUGCAAUACCAUCUUCAACUCUAUCAUGAAGCUUGUUGGUACAAAGAAUUAUUACGACGUUAGGAAGGAGUGCGAAGGGAAACUCUGCUACGACUUCUCAAACUUGGAGAAGUUCUUCGGCGAUAAAGCAGUCAGACAGGCGAUUGGAGUGGGUGACAUUGAAUUCGUCUCAUGCAGCACUUCAGUUUAUCAAGCAAUGCUCACAGACUGGAUGAGGAACUUGGAAGUCGGCAUCCCAGCUCUACUUGAGGAUGGGAUCAAUGUGCUCAUAUAUGCUGGGGAAUAUGACCUUAUAUGCAAUUGGCUCGGAAACUCAAGGUGGGUCCACUCCAUGGAAUGGUCUGGUCAGAAAGACUUUGCCAAAACUGCUGAAUCAUCGUUUUUAGUAGACGAUGCCCAAGCUGGAGUCUUGAAGAGCCACGGGGCACUCAGCUUCCUCAAGGUUCACAAUGCUGGCCACAUGGUUCCGAUGGACCAACCGAAGGCCGCCCUUGAAAUGCUGAGGAGAUUCACCCAGGGGAAACUCAAGGAGGCGGUUCCUGAAGAAGAGUCAUCUACGACCACGUUUUACACCGCGAUGUGAUCGUCAACACCGACCAAAAAGGGAAAAGAAACUGGCUAGGUAGCCUGCACGCGUCGCCCUUGCGGUCUCAAGGAGUGUCUGCUGUAGCUUCCUGUUUUCCAUGUAUCUUUUUCUCCGCUGUUUCAACUGGAUAUGUAGUCCCUAAUAACAAGAAAAGAAAGUUGCCCCCAAAAUGUAACUGCAGGAUGUAUGGUUUAUGAUGUUGAUGAAGGACGGAAUACACCAUGGGGGGCGAUGUUUGAGAGCCAUGCCUCAUGUUUUAAUCA